UUUAUUAAAGACGUUCUACCACGUGCUUCCUCCUCGCCGCUUGCGCCAUAAAUCAAGCAGUGUCGUUGUACUGCUUCGAUGCAUGCGCGCACACACACACGGCACAUCGCAAAGACGCAAGCCGAACGAUCCGCAGUGCUUCCUUCUCACGAGACUGCUGGUGGCAAGUGCUGUUAGAGAGCAGCAAAAUCCGAAGGCCGGAACUGCACGCAAGGAGCUCUAUAACUGGUAGAGAAGCAGAGGCAUCGUGACGAUGAACUCCAGCGCAGCUCGCAAUGGGACCGGUCCCUGCUCAAUGGACGACUCCUACAAGUACCCCAUCUACUCGGCUGUCUACGGCAUCGUCUGCAUCAUCGGGAUGAUGGGCAACACCAUCGCGCUCUACGUCUUCCUGUGCCUCACGCGGACCAAGAGUGCCAGCACCAUCUACCUCAUCAACCUGGCCCUCGCCGACAUGUUCUUCGUGCUGACGCUGCCGCUGCGCGUCGUCUACUACGUGCGCGACGGCGACUGGCCAUUCGGGGACGUGAUGUGCCGCAUCAGUUCGUUCGCCUUCUACGCCAACCUGUAUAGCAGCAUCUUCUUCCUCACCGGCCUCAGCGUGACGCGCUACCUGGCCGUGGUUCACCCCGUGCGCUCGCUCAAGGCCGUCACGGCGAGGCGCGCAGUCAUCGCCUGCGUGUCCAUCUGGGUCUUCGUGACCCUGGUCACCUCCCCAUUCCUUCUCAGCGGCCAGCACGUCACAUCGAGCGGGAGGACUUUGUGCUUCGAGAGCACGGGCAGCAGCCUGAAAAUGAUUUUUGCCAUGAACUACUUCGCCCUGGUGGUCGGAGUCCUCAUCCCGUUCGUGAUCAUCAUCGUCUGCUACGCGGCCAUCGCCCGGACGCUGAUGAAGACCCCGGAAGGCCAGCGCAGGGACUCGAACGUGCGGAAGCGCGCGGUGCGCAUGAUCGUGCUGGUACUGACGGUCUUCGUGGUCUGCUUCAUCCCGUACCACGUGCAGCGCACGCUGCUGCUGCACCACCUGGUCAGCCGCCACAGCAGCUGCGACACGAAGCUCUACCUGCAGAAGUCGGUGGUAGCCACCGUCUGCUUCACCGCCUUCAACAGCUGCCUCGACCCGCUCAUCUACUUCUUCGUCGGCGAGAAGUUUCGCCAGAAGGUUACGGAUGCCAUCAAUAGGCGAUCCCGACGGAGCUCCUCGAACAGCUCCCUUCGAUCCAGAGAUUCCCUGCAGCCCAAGAACUCGGUCAAGUUGCAGAUGCAGUCGGUGGACAGAUCAGCCGAGGCGACUGGCAACAGUUCUCAAGAGGUUGACGAGUGACAAAUCAGCAAGGGUCUCCCGGGUGGUCUUAGAUUUCCUUCGCCCCCCCCCCCCGCAACCUCUGAUUGGCACGGUUGGCUACGUACGGUGCGAAAGAAGUUUAACAUACGUACAUACAUCGCCAACAUUUUCACAUAUUUCUAAGACCCCCCCCCGCCUCGCAAUUUUUUGGGGUAGAAAAAUUAUGGUAUUAUGGGAGAUGCGGCGAAUGAUUUUGGAAUUGUCAGUUGGGGUGAACAAGGUACGGGGGGAUGUCGAGGGUAGGUGGUGGGCAGGGAGCGAGGCCACCUCCGGUGAGCACGAUUAGCGACGUACGGUGCGAAAGAAGUUCAAAAUGCACACGUGCACGGGGCGAUUUUUGGAGGCCCUUGUGUCCGUGUGGAUAUUGUCAGCGUCCAGACUCAGCCAGGACAUGGCACCCUAACAGUCUAACUGCCCGAAUGCGUCCCUUGUAGCAACGAUUGUUUUGCAGCACUGCCUUCUGGUGACUACCGCUUUGCCAUGCGGUGCCCCCCCACCCGCUCCAACCACGAAUGGCUCACAGAGCUAUACCAGAUAAAUGAAAUGAAACUGAAACCUGAUUCCACAUUCGUUUCUUUCAGCUUGGACCAUCGUGUAGUGUAUAAUGUACUAGCGGGAAGCACCCGGCGGUGCCCGGGGGAAAAAAUGUUGAAAAACUUCUCAAACUUUAAAAGAUGACAUAUACAAAUGAAAAAAAAAAACUUUGAUCAUUACCUCAUGAAUAAAAAUUAAAAUAAAACCCAACGCGCGGUGGAAAAAAAAACUUUAGCUCGCGCGCCAAGAUUCGAUUCUUUAGAUCGCGCAAAGGAAUCGAAGGUUGUAGAUUUCUUUAGAAUCGGUCUAUUCCCGUUUAAUCGAUACCCCAAACGUUCACCAGAUAUCGAUUCUCGCCACACACUGCAUGGUCAUUUCGCCCCCCCCCCCCCCCCAAAAAAAAUACCAAAGUAAAAUGUUAUACGUUUUACAUUGUGUACAGCAUGGGAGCUAGCCACAUGGGAUACACGGCCUACGCGGAGGGUUGGGGGGGAUGCGUUACGCUUCCACAUGCGCGGGUCACAUGACAGAUGUGACGUCACAGCUCAUUUGCCGUGCAAAAAAAUAUUCAUUAUUGAGCCCCCCCCCCCAAAAAAAUACAAAAGUCUAUUUUUAUAAUGUUUGCAUGAUGUACAGUCCGGAAAGUACUAAAAUGGCAAAUUUCAAGUUUGUUGCAUGUCGGGAAGUAUGCUAAACAUUUUGAACAGACACAUAAUCACGCAUUUCCCUUAUAUAUAGAGAUUGUGUAUCAUUUUUUUCGCUACGCCCUUCCACCGCCGAUUAGAUUUGGUUCGUCAGCAAAACUGGAGGAGGAAUGUUUAUUGCACUGUUUGUUGAACUCCUUUCGUACCGUACGUAGCCAAGCGUGCUAAUCGGAGGUGCGAAUGUUGAAAGUGCGAGCAGACGUUAGUCACGUUUCACAAGCGACGUUUCGAUGGAGAAUACAACCAGCAUCAUGAGCUUGCUGCCAUUCCUCCCGCACCUCCGAUAAGCACGGCUGGCUAUGUACGGUGCGAAAUAAGUUCAACAUACACACGUACAUAAGACUCACACAGAGACCCAUAGUUUGUUGUCCCGCCCCCACACCUCCGAUUAAUUAUCACGAUUGGCUACGUGCACUGCUAAAGAAGUUCAACACAGGACAUAAAUACAGGCGUUAAUAAAAACUAUGCUCUCUUGCACAGAGGUCCAACUCAAAAUAAACCCAUCACGAACCGUAAACCCCGGUCGUGAGAGCCUAUGGAUACAAUUCUCCAACACGUGCUUUAGAUGCACGGUGGCGGCCCCAUUCAAGCACCGUCAAGACACAACCCCAGGCUUAACUUCCGAGAUCGGCCGUGUUCCUGGUGAUUUGGUCGAGGUCUAUAAAACCCGCGCACGUCUCUGCUUCCCACCAUCGCCAACCCGCACUGAUCAACGUGGUGAAGUAUGGUCGUACUAUUCCCCAAGAGCCUGUCAUGGCGAUCCUCAUGGUGCUGAUCGGGUCCUUUUUUCAAUCUAUCUCUGAUCCGGUCGGUCACAUUAUUUAAGCUUUUUUUUAUAUCAGUCACCGUUUCUGUGCCGAUGACAGCCAACUCUCUGUACCACUCUUGACCCGCUCGAACCUGGUAAGGGACUCCUCUACUUACGAACGAGUUAGGUUCCAAAUGUCUAUUCGUAAGUCCAACUUUACUCCCGUCGAUUCCAAACAUGUUGUACGACAUGUACAGUAAACACGGGGAAUGGAUUUAAAAGUUGUAUAAUCUCCUACAGAUGUAGAUGCCCAUUGGUUCUUCAUGUUCUGCAGAUGUAGAUGCCACUGGUUCUUCAUGUUCUCCAGAUGUGCCACCACCGCCAUAUUUUGUGCGGCGGUUGAACUUACGAUUCUCGGUCAGAAGGCAACUGGACAUACGGGCAGGUUUGUUCGUAUCUCUAAAAGUUCGUAAAUCGAAUGUUCGUAAGUAGAUGAGUGUCGGUACUAUCGUCUUACUCGAUUGUGUACGUCCAGUGUGGGCCACUCAGGGUGUUUGUAAAAGAGUGUCUAGACCAGGGGUCGGCAAACCUGCGGCUCCGGAUCCGCAUGCGGCUAUCUAAGGACUGCUGCUGCGUGACGUCAUUUAUUAACGACCAACGUCUUGUAUUCACAUGCAUUGCCGGCUCUUGAAAUAACACAUUCCUGCGGAGGGAGCUGGUAGGAACGUUGGGUUGCUCGGUCAAUGGCCAGGGUCAACAGCGGCGUGGUGUAUUCCGCAAAUAUGGCCGACUGUGAGGGCAGGCACAAGCCGGUGUGAGUAGGUUAAACGUUGAUAUAAGGGCACCACGGGGUGACCAGCCCCUCCCCACCCAGCCCCAUCCCUCCCUCCC